AUGCACGACUUGAAUAUCACACCGGAAGACUCUCUUCUAGCAGCGCUGCUAGGCAACAACCAAAAAGUCACCAGGGUCUUUUGCUCGGAGUCCUCCAAUGCGUCGACAAAAAAGCGACAGAGGAGCGAGUUCGCCGAAACGACGACAGAAAGCCUCAGCAACACAGAAACCGUCCGCAGUCGCUUCCUCAACGAGUAUUCAAACGUCCAGCAGCUCCCGGCAGCUCUUGCCGCCAAACAGCCGGCUCCUCCCACUAAGUCGCGGAGAAUCAAAGCACAGCCCAAUGUAGAACAGGCAGUUAUACAUCAGAGGUCUUCCCAGAAGCUCUUAGAAGGCACGAACGGCCCUGCCACCACCGCAACAAACACUCAGUCUGCCCCUGCCGAGAGUGAUCAAAUAAAUAGCCCCCUUCAGCGCCAGGCCCAUGAGCCUCUCAGUCUUGUUCGUCGUGGCACCUCAGCAACGCAGACGGGUCAGCCUGAGUGGCAUCCUCCGUGGAAGUUGAUGAGAGUCAUUUCCGGCCACCUGGGCUGGGUACGAAGCUUGGCGGUAGAGCCUGGAAACAAGUGGUUCGCCAGCGGUGCGGGCGAUAGGACCAUUAAGAUUUGGGAUCUCGCAACAGGAUCACUCCGACUUACUUUGACGGGUCACAUAUCGACGGUUCGUGGCCUCGCUGUAAGCCCACGCCACCCCUAUCUUUUCUCUUGUGGAGAGGACAAAAUGGUCAAGUGUUGGGACCUUGAGACCAACAAGGUUAUCAGGCAUUAUCAUGGACAUCUGAGCGGUGUGUACACCCUUUCUCUUCACCCGACUUUAGAUGUCCUGGUUACUGGAGGUCGAGACGGCGUUGCAAGGGUUUGGGACAUGCGAACUCGAAGCAAUAUUCAUGUUCUAUCUGGCCAUACAGGGACUGUAUCUGAUGUCAAAUGCCAGGAGGCCGAUCCUCAAGUUAUCACCGGGUCCUUAGAUACGACCGUGAGAUUGUGGGAUUUGGCCGCCGGCAAGACCAUGGGCGUAUUAACACAUCACAAAAAGGGUGUGAGAGCCUUGGCCACGCACCCACAAGAGUUUACCUUUGCGACUGGCAGCACAGGAAGCAUCAAACAAUGGAAAUGUCCUGAGGGAGCCUUCAUGCAGAACUUUGAGGGUCAUAACGCUAUUAUUAAUACUCUCAACGUUAAUCAAGAGAAUGUGCUCUUCUCAGGUGGCGAUAACGGUUCGAUGAGUUUCUGGGAUUGGAAGACAGGUCAUCGAUUCCAGUCUCUCGAUACUACGGCACAGCCAGGAUCAUUAGAUGCCGAGGCUGGUAUUAUGAGCUCAACGUUUGAUCGUUCAGGUUUGCGAUUGAUUUGCGGUGAGGCUGAUAAGACUAUCAAAAUUUGGAAACAAGACGAGAAGGCCACACCUGAAACUCAUCCAGUGGCUUGGCAGCCAACCUUAUCACGACGCAAGUUUUAG